UUCUCCUCUGGUUCGAUUCUUCUUCUCUUCUCCUUUUCUUCUCUUCUUCUCUUCUCUAGUUCACUUAUCUGCCUCUGUUCUACUCUAUUUUUUUUUUUGUUUUUUUUGGCUUCGUUCUUGUCUUCUGCCUUGACUGUUCUGCUUCUCUUCUUCUCUUCUCUCUCAAAAACGUCUCAAUGAUUUGGUGUUUGUGAAGUAUAAUAGAGCAUUGAAGCGUCGAUACAUGAAACGUGCCAAUAUUGAUCCCAUCUCUUUGAAAGAUAUUGAUGAGAGCAAUGAAUGGUUGAUUGGGAGGAUGGAGAAUGAGCUUGUGUUUGAUGAUGAUUCUUUGGGGUGGGAUGAUGUUGCUGUAGCUACUGGAGUUGAGGAGAGUAACCAAAGAACUAGAUCAAGCACAACUAGGACAACACACCAACAACUUGUAGAUGAAGAAGAUGAAUGGGACGAUGAAGAUGAAGAUGAAGAUGAGGCUGAAGAGGAGGAUGUGGAUGGAUACAAAUCCAAUGAUGAUGAUGAUGGAGGAGAUGAAGUUCUUCAUGCCGAUGAUGAUGUCUAUUAAGUUUUGAGUACAAUUAUGCAACUAUAGGACUUAUAUAUUUUAAUUUCCUUUUUGAACCACAAGUUAGAAGCUUAGUUGCAUUGAAUUAUAUGGAUGAUGAUUUUAGUACAUAAGGUUUUUGGUGGAUGUGAAUGUCAUACUUUAUGCCUUUUGUUGGAUAUUAUACUUUUUAAUAUACUACAUAUAUUUGUUAUGUUAAAAAUUUUGCCUAUUUUAUAAUUUUGCAUUGCUUUUAUUAUGUGCGCCUCGCUUUGGUGAGGCGCGCGCCUCGCCUCGCGCUUAGGCUACAGGAGACCUCAUCGCCUCGGUGCGCCUGGAGCCUUUUAAAACACUGUAAUGCAUAGUCAUACACAGAACUACCCUUUAUAGGCCUUGUUAUUUUUUUUGUUCAAAUCGCUUUUUAAAAAUAUCAAAAUCAUUUGCUGAUAUAGUUAUACAAUUCAUACAAAUAGACAGGACAGCAGAGAAACAUCAAAAUUGCUGAUCUGUAAGGGCACCAAAA